AUGAACAUGGAUAGCAGUGUCAACGAUGCCAAUAUGGUCUACACAGGUGACGAUCCAUGGUACCUCCGCACCUUGCCUGGCCGCACCGGGGACUUCAUGGGUCACUUCAUUCCAGCCCUUUGCUUCUUUUCUUUGGGGCUGGGGCUCCUCUUGCUAGCUCUCUUUAGAGCAAGGAAUCUACCUUCUGGCAAGUCCUUUGCAGAAUUGCACAUUCCUGAAAGUGAUCCACUCUUUUUGAAGUUCUUUGGAAUGGUCAACAUGGCAGGGACGACCGUUGGUAUUAUCUAUGAAAUUUACGACAAGGAUCCCGGCUUUGACUCUACAGCCUUUACACACGCGUCUCUUUAUACAAGCUUCUUCAUUGUUGGAAUAUGUGCACUCUAUGAAUCCAAAGGGCGACUCCCAUUGGAUACACACCGAGCCGCAUUGGUGGUGGCAUGCAUUGUCCAGGCCCUAAUAUGGUAUGCUCAUGGCUCCAUGAAGAAGAUGCCAGCAGACGGGGCACUGCACAUUUACCUGAGCUACUUGAAUUGGGGCAAUGCAGCAGCCGUAGCUUAUUCCAUGCGAUACAACGACAGUGUGAUUGCCUUCUUGGCCGGGUGGGCGUUUCUGCUCUUGCAGGGGUUGUGGAUCUUCGUUGCUGGCUUGUACGAGUGCUGUGUUGAUCUGCACAUGCAUGAUGUUGCCGCCAUUCUGGCAAUGUUGUGCUUGGUGACUCUCUUGUCGAUUAUUCUAGCAGUUGUCCACCUGGGGCCAAAGCCAUCCGACCAACAACUUGCAAAGUUUCGAGGGAAUUUCAGCAUCUUGAACUCAUCCGACGGUGACGGUGACUAUGAUGUUGCUGUGGGGACAAAGGCUACGGUGUAG